AUUACUAUCAUCGCGUGUCCAGUUCUCACCUCGUCUCUCUCUCUCUCUCUCUCUCUCUCUCUCUGUCAUGGCUUCCUCGGAGCAGCCCCUGAAGAAGCGAAAACUCUCCGACCCACUCGCAGAACCACCACCGCCUCCGCCGCAAAACCUCCGGCAGGUCUCCGCGGAUCCGCCGCUACCGCCCGACGAAGUCCUCAGGCGACGGAGAAACAAGGAGGAAAUUCGAACCCUAUACGACUGUUACAAGAGGAUCAAGUACUGUCUCUCUCAGAAAGAUGACGCAAGGCUUACGCCCGACCUCGAGCAAGCCUACCUCUCUCUCAUCACUACUUCCAGAGGUUGUACAAGCGUCCAGCGCAUUGUAGCUGAUCUCAUACCCCGAUAUGCAUCGCACUGUCCAACUGCCCUUGAAGCAGCAGCUAAAGUUGUUAUCAAUAUGCACAACUGGAGUUUGGCGGUAAUAUACAGAGGAGAGGAUGCCGAUGGUGUUGCAUUCACGACUGCAAAAGCUUGUAUAUUUGGUUUGGCUGAUAUUUGCCACACGGCUUCAUCUGAGGCGCCGACAUCAUCGGUUAUUCAUGGAAUCUGUUCAGCAGUUUUCCUUAAUGUGCUCACAUUCCUCGUAUCUACUUUUGAGGGGAAGGAUAUUUUCCAGAUUGUUGAUACGGGAACUCUUAUGCUACACUAUUCCGCUGAGUUAUUGUCUGAGCUUGAGCAGAAGUUUUCCGAUGAGGAUGAAUCUGAAUUAGUCAAGUUAUCCAAGUUCCGGGUGCUAUGCCUUCUUAAGAUUUUCUUCCACUGUCCAAGAAAUUUACUUGCAGCUUCUUUUGAGCUUCUUGAGAGAACUGCAAUGGAGGGAGCAUACAACGAAGGACGCUACUUACUUAGUCAAGUGACAAGCAGGCUUGAUGCUUCUGCUAUGAAUUAUGAUUUGGACAGUACAAGAAAUGAACACAAAUCAUCAAUAGCUACUGUGGGAGGCAAAGGCGAUGAUGUUAGUAGUGCGGGGCAAGUCUUGGAUGGGGACCAGGCUCUGGUUGGUGCGCCACCUGUUCUAAAGAACUGCUUGUUAGGGCUGGCUGUUGCCAAGAAUCCUUCAUUGAGAAAGUGGAUAUUCUCCAAAUACAAGAUGUUAUGCAAGUCGUCAUCUUCAGAAGUUGUUUCAGAAGUUUCAUCUGUCAUGGAAGGUAUAUUUGAAUCUUUUGCUGAGCUAGUUAAACUAGAAGACAGUGGAGUACAUAGUGAUGAAGACGAUUCAAAUCCUUCUAAAUCCAGAAACAUACCAUAUUUGGUUUCUAGGAGCAGCAAUCAACUUGAAACCUCUUCCGAAGUUUCUGGAAGAGAUUGUAAGUCAAGGGUUUAUGAUAGACCUAGCAGUGAUGAUUUAAUGGACAAAUAUUCAGGUCAACGUUUAAAGCCUCAGGGUUCUUUAGUUCCUCUUGAAACUGACAUCCUCUCGAAUGCAAGUUCUAGUCAUGAUAGUGGUGGCUCAAAGUCUAUAAAUUUUGAGACUUCAGAGCAAGGAGAUUUAUCACGUGGUAGGUCUUCCACUCCCAGGGAUCUUUCCAACAAUCAAAUUCCCUCACCUGUUUCAAGAAAACCCUCAGACUUCAGGGCUAGGUCAUUUGAACUUAGAAACCAUUAUGGCCAAAUUGAGAAGAAUCAAGUUUCCACCUCAGAUCUUAGAAUACCUAUCUUGAGAUCCUCCAGUGGAGGCACAGAUACUAUUUUUGAGUCUCCUAAAAGUCACAUUGUAUGGUACUCUGAUGGGGACCCUGGGGCCAUGGAUAUUUUCCCAGCUUCCAACCAGCUCUGGUUAGGUUCCUUAGGCCCCGAUGCAUCUGAAGCUCUUGUAAGGUUUCAGUUUGAGAAGUUUGGUCCUGUAGAGCGGUUUCUGUACUUUCCAUUUAAAAGAUUUACCUUAAUUGAGUAUAGGUAUAUCAUGGAUGCAAUAAAAGCUAGAGAGAUUAUGAAGGGGCACUCCCCUUGGGGUGACUGCCUCCGUGUAAAGUUCCUAGAUGAAGGAUUGGGAACCAGGGGAACUGUAAAUGGUGUUGCAGUGGGUGCUAGUUGCUUUGUUUAUGUUGGAAAUGUUUCAAGGCAGUGGGCCAAGGAUGAGAUCCUCCAUGAAUCAAUGAAGGUUGUAUACAAGGGUCCACGCAUGGUUACUGAUCUUACUGUUGAGGGUGCCUUGCUGUUGGAAUUUGAGUCUCCUGAAGACGCUGCUGCUGUAAUGGGACAUGUUAGACACCUCCGUAAGGAGAGAACUCAUCCUCUACCAUCUAUUCAUGGUGACUUUAGGAGAAAUGAUGGGGGCGAUAACAUGGUGGAGUCACCACAUGCUCAAACAGUGCUUGAGAGCCCUGCGGAGAGAUUUAGUACAGCAGAACAGAUGUGGAUGUAUAGAAAACCUGAACUUCAGCUUCAUUCUGGUCAGGGGAAUAUUCCAUCUACACCCACAGGUCCCACACCACCUCAGCCGCCUAUCCUUUCAACACCACCUCAGCCGCCUAUCCUUCCAACACCACCACCGCCAUUUCAAUCGUCCCCUUUCAUUCGACCUGUGUAUUUUCCUCCAAACAGUUGGGAUGCACGCGGAUUAACCCAUCAUCUCCCUUUUAUGCCUGCUUCUGUUACUCCACUUGCACAAAUGCAGGGAAGCUCGCAGCACUCCACCCAGAUGUUUCCCUUGCCUGUGGUGCCACCCCCUCUAGCAUCGCUACCACCUCCUUUGCCUCCGUCUCAGCCACCUCUAGUUCCACCACCACCAAGUUCUCCCCCUCCCUCUCCACCUCCGCCUCCACCUCCAGCUGUGGAAUCUUCAUAUUCGGAAACUUCUGGGCAGCAUCUACAGUAUCAGUGGCAGGGAACGUUGGGUAAAAGUGGGGUUCAUUACUGUGCUAUUUAUGCUGUUAGAGUGGAUUCUGAUGCUUGCAAAUACUUGAAUGCUGUUUCUGAGCCGGCUGAGUGGCCUGCAAAGUUGGAUAUGAACAAACGCACAGAUUUUCGGCAUGUGAAGUCAACAUUUUCCAGUACCCCAUCUCAUAAAAGAGAGGUGUGCUGGCUGUUCCCCUUAUCUGAAAGUGACCGUAAAGGAUUUCGGGAUUUCAUAUCCUACUUGAAGCAAAGGGAAUGUGCUGGUGUGAUUAAGAUCCCAGCUUCCAAAUCCAUGUGGCCUAGACUUCUCUUCAUUCUUCCUCCUUCGGUAGAUUCAUGUUCCAUGCUCUCUAUCGCACCUAAUCCAUCUGAUUGCUUGAUUGCUCUAGUUUUGGCUAAAGAGACUAGCUUUGACUGGGCAUGAGCAUCCUAGUCUAUGGGAGAUUGUUGCUAUGGAACAAAUGCAGGACGGGCAAAUUGUUUUCAUGGAUCUCAGGGGACAGUGAUGCCGUUCGUAUUCAAAUCCUAAUAGAAUUCGGCAACAGGGCAAGGGACCCAACUUCCUUGAGGAAUCCAUGUCAGUAAAUCCCUAGUUUCUCACUUCCCACAAAUGUAGAGGGAGGGCAAAUAGGCAAGAAUGAAACUAGUUAGUUCGGAUACACAAGAGGACAUACAAGUUCCAACUAUCAGAUUUGUCUGAUGAUGGGUGCAAAGUUGUCUAUCCAUUUUGAAUCCAACUUGUUUUCUUUGGUCUCCAUUGUUUAUUUUGUUACUCUCUUUUUCAGGUCUAUGUUUUGACUUUUGAUGCCUGUAAUCCUGAGUAGAAAUGGAAAUUUGAUUACCAAUAA